CAGUGCAUAUUCCUGUGUUUUCCGAACAGCGACAAGGGAGAAGAUUGAUUUGCAAGCAAUUCAAGUCAGCAAUGGCCAAGAGAUCUGCUUCAGAGGCUCAGGAAGUUCCCUGGUGGGCCCAGGAAACUCCUGAGAACGUCUUCGCUUCCCUAUUGGGAAAUACCAACGCAAAGGAUUUCUUUGCCAAGAAUUGGGAGAAAGAGCCUCUAGUUAUCCCUGCUGCUAAAGCCCAGAGAAAUGGAAAGCUCACGCAGUUGUUUUCCCGAGAAGCUCUCGACAAGAUUCUGAAGAAGGAGAAAAUUGACUUUGGUCUCCAUUUGAAUAGUUGUCGAUACGUGGAUGGUGCACGGGAAAACACAAACCCGGCUGAGAACGAGGAAACUGGAGAGCCUACACGUGCCACUGCCAAGCGCGUGUGGAAAUUGUUUGAUGGCGAUCGCGCCACGGUCCAGUUCCACCAGCCACAGCAAUUUCAAGACAGCUUGUGGCAUCUGUGUUCGUCACUUGAGAGCUUUUUCGGUUGCUUGGUUGGAUCCAAUAUCUAUAUGACGCCUGGAGACUCGCAAGGACUUGCACCCCACCACGAUGAUGUCGAGGUGUUCAUCAUCCAACUAGAGGGCCGGAAGCACUGGCGUCUCUAUUCUCCCGCUGAGAAGCUGGCUAGGACUUGCAGUGACGAUCUAGACACGUCUGACAUUGGUGAUCCCACCCAUGACAUCGUUCUGGAGGCUGGUGACGUGAUGUACUUCCCGCGCGGCACGAUUCACCAAGCGGACACGCCAGCCGGUGUUCCACACAGCACGCACAUCACCAUCAGCACCUAUCAGAACUGGACAUACGGUGAGCUGUUGCAGAUAGCACUUCCGUUUGCCAUUGAAGAAGCGAUGAAGGAUGAAUCGGCCUCGGCGUUCAGGCAGGGUCUUCCCCUCAAUGUCAUGUCAUCCGCGGGAAGUGGGCAGGUGAGCGGUGCCGAUCGCCGUACAACCAAUGCUGAAGACAGUGUCAAGUCUACAUUGGCCACCCUCGUUCAGAAACUCUCCAGCUAUGUGUCGCCCGCAUCAGCUGUCGAUCUGCUCAGCUCUGACUUUCUGAGAAACAGGCUGCCCCCGCCACCCGCUUACUCGGCAACUGAGCCUGCCCCCGAAGAGCCAGCAGCCAAGCGGAAGAAGGGCAAGGGCAAGAAGGAGGACGCUGUCGACGUUGUUGAUCUGACAGCCGAAAGCGGUGCUGGUGAUCCUGUUGGCCCCAAGCCCACAGCAGGUUCUAAGGUGUGCCUGCUACAUCGCAAUCACAUGCGUGUGAUUGUUGGCCAGAACAUUGACGACCCAGAUGAGGAUGACGCGGACAUGAUGGAGGAUGAGUUUGAUGACGAUAGCGAUUCAGAUGAAGAUGGAAAUGGUAAGGAUGGCAGCGAAGAAGAUGACGACGACGACGACGACGAGAACGCAGCUGACGAUGCCAAGGAGAAUGGUGCUAUUGCCAAGUGUCUGAAGAAGCUUGGUGGUUGUGGCGAUGAUGCUAACUGUUGUGGUGAUGAUGAUAGCUGUUGUGGCGAUGAGGCUGAAGAGGAUGCUUGCUACAUCUACUUUGAUUUCGGUAACAUGCGACGCAUGCACAUGACCAGAGUCUCUGGAUUCCGUUCUUCACUAUCAUCUAUCAGACUUCCGAUGUCCGCAGUACCAGCUGUUGGCAAGUUGCUGUCUCAGCUAAAGCCAGUCUCCGUCUCAGAUCUUGGCUUGGAAGCUGACGACGCUCUGGACCUGGUUACCAACCUCUGGGCUGUUGGCCUGCUCUCUGCACAUUGAUCGCGUUGAAUUGUGUGCGCUUGUGGUAGAGUAGGGCAUAGCGAGCAAUGGACGUGCUGCCUGAUCCGCUCCAUGUGUGAUGUUGGCCCACUACUUGCACUGUACGCCUGCUACGGCAGCGAGGACAACACGUACACGACGUGAGCUACAUCAUCCCACGUACAGCAUUUACGAGAGGACUCUGCCAGUUUCGUGGCUGCUGGUGUGAAACUCUCUUGGGACGAUAUGGCUUGUCAACUCUAGACUACACAAUUGAAGUGCCGCCCUGCCAAUGGGUACCGCGUGCUCCAUGUGAGUCGGUGCUUUUCCCUCCGCGCUACUGUCAAGAGAGGACGGUUGGCAAAAUAGUAGUAGUGAGCAUGUUGUCGGGGGACAAGCUGUACUCCACGUCGGGUGAUGGCAUACAAGGAGUCAGGCCACGCGUACAUGAACUAAAAUUGCACGCGUUUGUGCAUGUGACAUUUGAACAUUUGUGCAUCUCAUCGCUAUUUUUUAUUUUUCAUUCCAUUGCUAGCAUCCAUUCUAUCCUGCCGAAAAGUUUGGCUUUUUUUAAGGCUUCAUAGCAAUACUUUGAACAGCAGUCGAUUUCCGCUGGCUCUGUCUCGUGUACAUACACAGUUCGGGACACAUAAAUGUAGUUUCUUUUCUACAUUUGGAAACGCCAUUCCAAAUCUGACAGUCGCUCACUACGUUGUAAGUGAUCAUCAUAUUUCCAACACGUAACCUCAAUGACAAGGCAUUGUGAACGCUAUUGCGGCAAAGAGA